AGUGCAGUGUUUUCAUUUUUUCUGCUACUUCUCUUCCACCGAUAUGUUUCUGCCUUCUAUCGAUACCUAAUUAAAAAGGCGCGUUUUUCAUUCGCUGUAUUUGCGAAAGUUGUAUUUUCCACACUUUCGUUCCGGGGAUAUUAUCAAAACCUGCGUGUGCUGUUGUUGUUGUUGUUGUUGUAGUCGUUAUUCAUAUGAUCAAUGUGUGGCAGUGCAGUGACUCUUUCUUUGCUUGUUGUCGACGCGAAGUUCCCAGCUGGUUUUUUUCUUCCUCUUGCGAGAGAGACGUGACGUUCGACGAAAAAUAGUGUUUCCCACAACUACGCCAGUAGAAAGAACGACCAAGACCUGCAAUAAAAGUGAAAUUUGGUUAACGCAUAAUAGUUUCAUCCCGCAACGUUCGCCUGGGCUUGAGAGUGUCUGUUAGUGGCAUGUGACAACGACGUGUGUUUGAUGGAAUGUAAAACAAAUGUAUUCACCUUUAUCUGUUGAUUGGCGAAGUGUCAACCUGUUCUCUCCGAGUGUUGAUGCUGCUGCUGCUGUUGCUCUCCUGCAAUGUUCAUAUGUGUGUGACUGGCGACGGACGACCCGAGUAGAAAAAUAAAACGUCACGGAAACGGGUUAAAGUUGCAUCUAUUAUCCAUCGGAAUUGAUUCAUCUCACUUUCUUCGGAUUGUCAUUUAUGGCUGUAAUCUAGCUUUGAAUUUCGAUAUGUUUGAAUCCUUUUUGCGGCGAGCGGAAGGAGAAUGAAGGAAUUGGAGGUCAUUUAACAGCGAGAUCGCGGUAUGAGUGAAACUGUAUAUCGAAAAAAGAGAAUGUGAUUUGUUGUUUUGCUACGAAUGAACGAAAUAGUUUUCCUUAUAGAAAAACAAGAUGUUAUGUGUGCGACUUGUCAGUUGAGAAUUCCGGUGGGAUUUCCCCCCAGCAGCAUCCAGCCUGUGGAACAAUUUUUCGACACUACUCGCUGUUAAAUUGUUUAUGAACAGAAUCAUCCCCCCAUUCGCUGCAACAACAUACUUUCUGAAGAUCAGGUCACAGACAGUGCCGAGGCUGCGCGUGUGUCAGAUUACCGGAGAGACCAUCAUGACUGUGGAGAAUGAUACAGUUUUUCCAUAAAUUCGCAGCUUUGGGUCCACGCACAGACACAAGACCGAGGAGAAGGAGGUUGAUUGCCGUGUACUACAAGAAACAUUACGAUUCGAAAACACAUUCAUUGAGGACAUGCGUAUCUCCCAUACAUUAACCGAGUGUCACGCACUGGCCCACUGACCGAAACCGGGCUCCGAAUGACGGCGACAACAACAAUAAUAACAAUCACUGGAAGUCAGUGGUGGAAAAGCGUUUUUUUCACACGGAUAAAUCAACACAGUUUCCAUAAUCUUGAAAGCGUACCGAAUUAAGCGAAAGAUUAUCACAAACACAGAAACAGAGAAACAGAGAAAGAAAAAAGUUGAAGGUGAUAAUUUUUUUAUGUUUUAUUUUGUUUGUUUCUUUCUUUCUUCGUUCCGACAGCACGAGGUGUAGGCAUUGAUUUGAAAAUUAAAAGUAGAGCAGCACAUCUCAGUGGAGAAGUGUGAGAAGAUAUACUAGAAGAUCAAGAGAAGCAGAAGCAGUGCGUGCCAGCCGCCAAGUGCCGGAAAAGUGACACAACCGAAUUACCGCAUAUCGCGUUUUGUCUUUUUGUUUCUGUUUGCGUACCGCUCCGAAAGAGAGCGCUCACUGCCACAGUUCCGCACCGGUUUUAUUUCUCCUAUUUUUUUGGGAAUUGUGCAACCGAUUGUUGUCAAUAAUUGCUGGACCCAACCCCCGAAUUGUUUGAUCAACGAUUUGACUUGCAAAUUUACAGUUUACAGUGGUAAAUUUUUGGUUUUGUAACUGAGUGAGUGACGGCCGGAAGCGACACAAUCAAAGCUUUGCUCCUGCACCGGCUGGCGAUCCAUCCGUUGGUUGAUUCAGAAAUUGAUUGAGUUUUGGUGAAACAUGAAUCUAGGAAACGGUCGCGUUUUAGACAGAGAUAAAUCGGUGUUUUGAUUCGACGAAUCACGACGCACCUCGGCCUGUGGCCCAGCAUCGGACCCGGAGCGGAAUAGUUUGUACCUGACCGAUCACUCUAUGGGCAACGGAAGCAAAAAGAUGCGGCGUAGAUCCAGAAUGAAGGUUCUGAAGAUAUUGCAGUCUUUCUCGCAAGGAACAUUCAUAGCAUUCGUGCUGCUGCUCCUUUAUUUCGGACAAAGUCUAGCAGAACCUGGUUACCUGGACUUCGACAACUUGCCGGAGACGAACUUCACGUGCGCGGGCAAAGUUAUCGGCGGCUAUUAUGCCGAUCUGGAGGCAUCCUGUCAGAUGUUCCACGUGUGCACAAUCGGACAGGGUGAUGAGCCUAUGGACAUAAAGUUCCUCUGUCUGAAUGGUACCGUGUUCGAUCAGGAGACACGCGUGUGUGAACGAGUAGACGAGGUGGACUGCUCCAAGUCGGAGAGAUUCUAUUAUCUAAAUUUGGAGCUAUAUGGGAACACAAUCAUCCCUGCGCCAGAUGAAAGCAGCUCUGAGGAAGCAUCUGGCAGUCCGUCAUCGAUGUCCACGACUGCGUCGACAACAACGACGAGCACGACUACUACCACCACCAGGAGGCCGACGACGACCACGCCAUCACGUAGAUUUAUUUUUAACAAUAGUAAAGGAAGUUCGAUCGUGCCUUCCACAACCCCGGUCGGACCAUCUCAUUCUUAUUCGACGUCCACUCCGAAGACGCCGGUAGAGGAAGAUGAAUAUGAAUACGAAGACGAUGAGUACGAAGAGAAGGAACAAGCGCCCGGAGUGAGUCCAUCGCUGCCAGCCAUCGAAGAGGACGGAACUUUCUCACCGCAGCAGUUCACACUGCAGCAGCAGACACAAAAUAGUCAGCAAAAUGCACCGCAGGACGAUGUCAAAACGCACGACAACAAACCCGCGGUGUCUUUCCAACAGCAACAUUUCCAAAAUGGCGGCACGUUGGCUGUGACCAACUCGCAUGUGACUGUUACCACGCACACCACUACUAGCAACACUAACCCCAACAACUCAAACACCCUGAAGAAAAAUGCUCAACAAUUCCUAACCCAGAAGGAAACGAAAGCCAUCGAACACCAGAAACAACAGCAGCAGCAGCAACUUCUCCAGCAGCAGAUGCUCACCAAGCAGCACGAAGAACUGCAGAAAAAGCAGCAGGAAGCUGCCGUCCAGCAGCAGCAGAAAGCCAUCCAACAGCAGCAGAAGCAAGUCCAGCAGCACGAAUCGGAAAUAAAAAACCAUCAAGCGCUGCUUCUUCUUCACCAGCAGAAAAUCACCCGACAGCAGCAGAAGCAGCCUCACUCUUCGUCUCGUCCUCCGUCUGCACCAGCCUACAACCCGUACGUGACCAUCAAUUCCCAGCAGCAGAAGUCGCAAACUCACGCACCAAAGAGAAUCCCACUAUUGCCUGCGGAAGCACCUCUUGAGUCCCCGACGGCUCAACCUCAGCAGCCACUCAGUGCAGCCCAGUUGGCUCCUUUCAGACUGAGGGCGCAGGGUUUCAAACUCCCGUCCCAGCAGCAGUCCGACAUGCUCGAACAAGAGGACCGUUUCGAAGGAUACCGAAGGCAGCAACCCCCACAGGUCUCCUUGCAUCUGCCCUUUGAACAGCUCCGCAACCAGAAGGACAUCUCGCUCGAGUUCGAUCCGGAGCAGGAGGACCUCACCCAAAUCCCCCAACACAAGGAGCUCAAACGGUCCGAUCCCCCUUUCCAUAGUUCGAUCCAUGGCGACCACACGCCGCCUCCAAUCACGACCAAGGGUGGUCACUUAUCACCCCAAACUUCUCCAACAGCCGCAUCCCAACCAAGCGCAAGCACGGCAAUCAGUGCUGACCCAAACCCAACAAUAGAACCUGCCAGCUAUGGGCAGGAGGAUGCUGUCGAGUACGAGUACGAUGACUACAGCUCGGCAGCGGGCAGUGAUGCAGUCAGCAACCCUAGUUUAGAUAGCGCUAAGUCAAACACCAACAGCGAAAUCGUUGUCGCUGGAAAGCACUCUGGGGAGGACCACCGCACCGGUCACAGGGACAAUGCCAACAAUGGCAAGCCAGGCGACAGCACUGGCAGUAGUAAUAGUUAUAGUAGUAGCAGUAACGAUAACUCUAGCAAUAGCUCUAGGAGUAAAACCAACACUAGUAGAUUUAUCAUUAACAACGAACACCACAAAAGUCCGACCAGCAGCAGCGGCAGCGGCACGUACAGUCGGGGUCGCAGUGGGCGGGUAUUUGACAGUCGCUCCGCUGGAACAGCUUCGCAUAAAGUGCGGACAAGCUAUCAUCCCCAGACGCCGAAAGUGAUAGUCACGACCAGCACCUCGAUUCGAGACAACAACGGUCGAACAAUCAACUAUUCCAUAAGCAGUAGCAAUUCGUCGCCGACAACGGCAUCGCCAAUCCAACUUGCGACCAACGACAAGCCUACGUCAACACGAGGAUACGACGAGUACAAGGAGGACGACGUUUUGUCCGACCCCUUCUUCCUAGACGUACCGAAGGUUGGUGGCGGAGCAGGCCGGAGGAAGCGAAGCAUAUCUACCCAGCGCAAAAGAAGGAAACGAUUCAUCUUUGUGGUUCCUCGAUUCUUGUAAGAUUCAAAUAUCACCCUCAAAAGUUGAAAACGCAAACAAAUUCUAGAAAAUGAUAUUGGAAAAAAGCAGAUUAAUAUACGGAAAUAAUUGUAUCUAGGUUUUAAUGUAGGAAAAAGUAUUCUUGUCGAUAUAUUCCAUGUAAAUAUGAGUCCAAUCGUCAAGAAACAGAACAAAAGUUAUAAGAAUACUCAACUAGCAGUAACAAUUCGUGUAUUUUAUGUAUCAAAGUUGUAAAUUGAGGAGACUCGAAUGUAAAUGUCUAAUUGUUUCUUUUUUGUUUCCGAGAGCAACCUCUUUCGCAUAGUGUCGUUCUAUUUUAACGUUUUGUAUAAUUGUUUCAGCUUAACUCAUUUUGCAAAAUAAUUUAAACCCUGUAUUCGAUCGAACAUCAUGGCGUGUCAUUGUUGUAGGACCGCUUGACCAUUGCGAUUGAUCUAUUUUCUAAUGUCUCUUUCUAUUCGGUAAGUCUUGUACAGAUUUGUAUAGCGGUUAAGCAAAAUCAUUCUAGAACAUAAGUGUAUGAACAAGUUAUGGACUUUGGAUGGUGACGAACAAGUGUUAUGAAGAAUACCGAUGAAAUUGUUCAGCAAUAAUACCCGUACUGGGAUCUGCUGGGAAGUUGAUUGAUUGAUCAUUCGUUUUAUGAGAAUAAAAUAAAUACAAAGCAAUUGUGU